AAGUAAAUGAACUAGAAAAUGACAUAACAAAAAAUCACAAAUCAAAACUUUGAAACGUGGAGAUAAAACACACAAUAUAUAAUAGAUAUAGGAAAAUAAAAUAUCAAUGAAACGACAAACACAUCCCCAUCUCUCUCUCUAUCUCUAGUAGUUGUUUUCCUUCACUAAUUGAUGCUUCCUUUUCGUUGUUGUCUCCGAGUAAAUGGCUUUUAAACUGUAGAAAAAGAUAAAGUAGAGCAAGCAAGCCAGCAAAACAAAACAAAACAAAAAAGUAGAGCAAGCAACCUCCAACACUCUGGCAUGGCGUCUCAAGAUUCCCAUCCCUUGAUGAAGAAGCUCCUUAGCUUCUUUUUAUCUACUCUUUUCCUACUCACUGAAGUCAACUCUGAAACGAAUUGCAGGAACUUCAAAUCGAUCAUCAGCUUCGGAGAUUCCAUUGCCGACACUGGAAACUUGCUCGGUCUCUCUGAUCCUAAUGAUCUUCCUGCGGCCGCGUUUCCACCGUACGGAGAAACAUUCUUCCAUCAUCCCACGGGCCGUUUCUCAAACGGUCGUCUCAUCAUCGAUUUCAUUGCUGAAUUCUUGGGGUUACCGCUUGUGCCACCUUUUUAUGGAUCUCAAAAUGCAAACUUUGAGAAAGGAGUAAAUUUUGCGGUCGGGGGAGCAACGGCACUUGAUCCUUCAGUUCUCCAGGAGAGGGGGAUUAACUUUGCUUACACCAAUGUUAGUUUAGGAGUUCAGCUUAAGAGCUUCAAGGAUAGUUUGCCUAACCUAUGUGGCUCCCCAUCAGACUGCAGAGAUAUGAUCGAAAAUGCGUUGAUUCUCAUGGGAGAAAUUGGAGGGAAUGACUAUAAUUACCCACUCUUUCUUGGCAAACCUAUUCAAGAGAUCAGAGAGCUGGUUCCACUUGUGAUCACUACUAUAUCUUCUGCAAUCACGGAGUUGAUUAGUAUGGGUGGAAGAACAUUUCUGGUGCCAGGAGAGUUCCCACUCGGAUGCUCAGUAAUCUAUUUGACAUUAUAUAAAACAUCAAACAAGGAAGCAUAUGAUUCUUCAGGUUGUUUGAAAUGGCUGAACGACUUUGGAGUAUACCAUGACGACCAGCUUCAGGCAGAACUCAAAAAGCUCCGGAAGCUGUACCCUCAUGUCAACAUCAUAUACGCAGACUAUUACAACGCUCUUUUACGCCUUUCCCAAGAAGCAACCAAAUUUGGGUUCAUAGACAGACGCUUGCCUUCUUGCUGCCGUUUUCUAGCAUCAAACAACUUCACAUUCGGUGGGGAAGAAAUGGAAUGUUGUAGUGAUCCUUCAAAGUAUGUGAGCUGGGACAAUGUUCAUAUGACUGAGGCUGCAUACAAAUUGAUGGCUGAGGGUGUACUUAAGGGACCCUAUGCCAUUCCACCUUUUGAUUGGUCUUGCCUCAGCUCUAAAAUAAAGAACAAUGGAUCAUCUCACUCAACAAGUAUUCUUUGAUGAACCACUUAUAUUACUUGGUCUGAAAAUUGGGAUAAAAGAUGAUGGAUACUGUUAAAAAAAAUAUGUAUGUUCUAUAGUGUUUGUAUUGGUUCAUGUAUUGUACUAAUAGACAAUUUGUAUUCUUGUUAUGGUAA